AUGAUCUAUGCCCAGAUCAGACAUAGUUUUCUACCAUUCCCACUGCUGACAUUGACAGCAAUUACCAACAGGAUUCCCAAAUUCUCCCAAACAUAUUUACACAGGAGGAGCCUGAUAAGUUGAUUGAUUGAUUGGUUGGUUGAUUGAUAGGUUGAUUGAUCAAUUUCAUUUUAUUAAUGUCAACCGCUAGUCUAAAGUUAUCUAACCUGUUCAUAUCUCCUACGUUGCCAUAGAAACCAAGACGUGCAGCCCAGAGGCAUUCCAGUGUCCCGGCACUCAUGUGUGUGUCCCUCAGCGCUGGAAGUGUGACGGGGAUAAGGACUGUCUGGACGGGGCUGACGAGAGCGUCAAGGCUGGCUGCUGUGAGUAGUAGUCUUCUUCAGUUUGCUCCACUGUUCAGGCACCUAGGUUUGAAAGUGAGGUAGCAACAGCAUUUAUUUUCCUCUGUUGUGAGUAGGAGGACAACCACAACACGUCCCCAAAUGUCCUAAUAAUCACCACAGUUUAUCUGAAUUGGGCUUUGAUAGUAUAGUAUAGUAUAGUACUCUGCCCCUAUGGCUGGUACCCGUCAAAGAUGGCUGCUGUGAGUUGGAGGACACCUCUCAACACCUCCACUCACUCCAUAAUAAUCACCACACCUGAAUUGGGCUUUGAUAGUAGAACUAAGUAGAAAGUAGAAUGUUCCCCAUUUAGCUGUGGUAUUAAUAGAUGAAUGGGAAGGCAUCAGACUUCCAUUCAGUCUAUUUAGGAUUCAUCUCAGUGAUAUGAUCAGCAGAAACUUAAAAGGCAGGAUCUGAAGACUGUUGUUAGAGACUGCUGAGGGUAUGUGUCAUUCAUGUGUCAUUCAUUUUUGCAACACCCUCUGUUUGCUAACCCAUUCUCACUUUCUCUCUCUCUCUCUCUCUUUCAGUGUACAACAACACCUGUGAAGAGAAUGAGUUCAUGUGUCAGAACAGACAGUGUAUCCCCAAGCACUUUGUGUGUGACCACGACAUCGACUGCUCCGACGGAUCCGAUGAGUCCCCACAGUGUGGUGAGUGUGUGACGCUGCGUGAGCACCGAGGAGGAGACUGGGAUGAAGGGAUGCUGGGGGAUGUGAUGUGUUUCUUGUGUUCAUUCCUUCUUCCCUUAACCACUGAUCUGGUAGUACAGAAUAAGUGGAAGCCAUAUGUUGAAAACCUGUCAUUCCUCUCAGUUAUUGGUAAUAAUGAAGGAAUAGGGAUGUAGAAAGGAGACCAUUUUACAGUUAUUGAGACUCAGCCGAUGUCUCAGUGCUGACAUGCUUACCUCUCUACCCAUGUAGAGUACCCGACGUGUGGGCCGGAGGAGUUCCGCUGUAACAACGGCCGCUGCCUCAACCGGAAGAGCUGGGAGUGUGAUGGAGAUUUUGACUGUCAGGACCGCUCUGAUGAAGCCCCCAAGAACCCCCGGUGCACAGACUCAGGUCUAACUGACAGACUGUGUUCUGGAUCUAUACUAUAGAAAUAUACAGUAUGACACUGCAUUUGUGUGUAAUUUUGAGGUUGCAUUGUUAACUAAUUCAAUUGCAUAUGGCUUCUGCUGAAAAGGCCAUAGCAUCCCUCACAGUAGGUUUUGUUUUGGUAACAAAUGUAAAAAGCCACUGUCGACUCAGACACAUUAAAGGGGCAAUAUGUAACUUUUUGGGCGACCUGACCAAAUGCAUAUAGAAAAGUGAGUUAUAGAUCUAUCUAAGAAGUGGUAGAUCUGUUCUAUGUGCUCCAUUUCUAUGCUUCCCGUUCUUAAGUUUUGUUUUUGCGUCUUUCGGUUUUGUACACCAGCUUCAAACAGUUGAAAAUACAAUAUUUUUGGUUAUGGAAAAUAUAUUUCACAGUUGUUUAGAUGGUACAAUGAUUCUUUACACUAUACUAGCUUAUUUUGUCACAUAAAAUGAAAUUAGGCAAACUAUUAGGGUUUUAGCAAUCAGGAAAUGGAGGAGCGAUUUCUGCAUAGUGCAACUUUAAUAUUCUCUGUGGCCAUAGCAGUAAAGCAUCCUUACUUGUUGGAGCUAUUAGCCCUUCAUUCUGCAUAACCUAAACUGCGUUCUUUUGACCUACAGAGAGGAAGUGUAACGACUCUGCCUACAUGUGUCGUAAUGGUAAGUGUCUUAACGAGACGUUGCUGUGUGACCGUAACGACGACUGUGGUGACGGCUCUGACGAACUCAACUGCUUCAUCAACGAGUGUCUCAACAGCAAGCAGAGUGGCUGCUCCCAGCUCUGUGAGGACCUCAAGAUAGGCUUCAAGGUAAGGGCUGUGUUUGUGUGUGUGCGUGUUUGUGUGUGCGUGUGUCUGCAUGUAGCUUGUGUGCAUGUUUGCAAUAUUUCUACCAGUGUAAUACAACCUGGCAAUUCUGCGACAUUAUCAGAUCUGUCCACCUCAGUCUCAUCUCCCUCCUAUUGGUGAACCAUGUGAGUCUGCUGGUGUAGCACCGACCUAGCGUAGCUAUAAAGGUGUUCUACUGUAUUUGACAUGCUGUUUGUGUGUCCCCUGGGCCCUACAGUGCAGGUGUCACCCUGGUUUCCAGCUGAAGCGGGAUGGGAAGACGUGUGUGGAUAUAGAUGAAUGUACCACAUCCUACCCUUGCACCCAGCGCUGUAUCAACACACACGGAUCCUUCCACUGUCUCUGUGUGGAGGGCUUCCAGCUACGACCGGACAAUCCUACUAUCUGCAAGUCCACGUCUGGUAAGACCAACAGCGGGGACUACUUGGAUUUUUCCGUUGUAAAAUGUUUUCAAAUGUAUUCCAUUGCGGGCCCCAAGGAGCAUGACCCAUCUCUUAGUGUUGGGAGCAUGUGCCUCUCUUUAUGACAAGUUCAACCAUGUACAGAGCCCUUUUCUGGUCCCCCUAACUCUUAUCCUCUAUCGGUCUAUCUCUCUACAGAUGAGGAGCCCUUCCUGAUCUUUGCCAACCGAUACUACCUGAGGAAGCUGGACCUGGAUGGCACCAACUACACUCUGAUAAAACAGGUGAGACAGCAAGUACUGUGUGGGAUCAGUGUGCUAUUUAACCAGGUGUCAGUUUAUAUGAGUAUUUAUUAUCAGUGAUAGUGAUAUCUAAACAGAUGUAGGCUAUAUCCUGUAUGUAUGUGUGUGUCAUGUUUGUGGGCAUGUCUGUGCGUGCAUUCGAGUGUGUAUGCUUGGAGGAGUGGAGCUUUUUGUUGCCAUGACUAUAAACAUGAUUUUUGGAACGUUUGGAUCCUUUGCAAAUGAAAUAUAAUUUAUGAAUUCUAAAUGUGUGUAUGUGUAAUAUAAUUUGUGGAUCCAGAUAAUAUGUUUAAAAUGUAUGUGUGUGUGCAAGGGCCUGAACAACGCGGUGGCGCUGGACUUCCACUAUGCAGAGCAGAUGAUCUACUGGACAGACGUGACUACUCAGGGCUCCAUGAUACGACGUAUGAACAUCAACGGCAGCAACAUUGAGGUCAGUAUGGCAGUUGUCCGGUCUGUGACUCUCAUUGAGUCUGUGGACAGCUGGCUAGUCCUUGGCUCUGAUUGGACCAUUGAGCUGUUAGUGACUCUGAUUGGUCUGUUGGCUUGUCUGUGAUUCUCUGAUUAGACAACUGACCUGUUAAUGGCUUUCAGAUUGGAUAUUUCUCAAGUCUGUUAUUCUCAUUGGACAGUAGGCUAGUUUAAUUCUCUCUUAUUGAACAGUUGGCCUUUCUGCGGCUCUGAUUGGACAGUUGGCCCGUAUAUGACUCUGGUUGGUUAGUUGGCCAGUAUCUGACUCUCUGAUUGGCUCUUGUCCAGGUGCUGCACCGGACCUCCCUCAGUAACCCAGACGGAUUGGCUGUAGACUGGGUGGGAGGAAACCUGUACUGGUGUGAUAAGGGGCGGGACACCAUCGAGGUGUCCAAGCUAGGCGGAGCCUUCCGGUCGGUCCUGGUGAACACCGGCCUGAAGGAACCACGCGCUGUGGCUUUGGACGUACGCAACGGGUAAGAGGGACAGCCAAGAGUAUGAUACAUACAGAACAUGAGGUUAAACUAUAAACUCCUGUAUGGUCUGAGACUCUGUACGAAUUAAUAGUGAAAUAUAAUGGAAUGUUAAGGACAGGAGUUCUUCCUGACCACGUCCACAUUUAGGCUACAACUAGUACCUAGAGUUUUUCCUGGUCAGGCCAUAAGUCCUAUCCGGCUCCAAGGACCAUGUCUACAAGAUGGUGCUCUUUUUCUCGAAUAAUGAUUCUGAUGGUGUAAUAAUAUGAUGCUGUACCCUGUCUUGUUCCUCAGGUACCUGUACUGGUCAGACUGGGGUGACAACCCCCACAUAGGGCGGAUCGGGAUGGACAGCUCCAACAGAAGUGUGAUUGUAGAAGAUAAGAUCACCUGGCCUAAUGGUCUUACAUUAGACUUCAUCAACGACCGCAUCUACUGGGCCGACGCCAGAGAGGACUACAUCGAGUUCGCCAGCCUGGAUGGGACCAACAGACACACGGGUAAUGCAUAUUGACAUACAGUAGCCUACACACACACAGAUGUGCAGAUGCUCACGCAUGCAUGCAUGCAAACACACACACACACAUAUACAAUUGUAUGAGAACCACGGUCCAGCGCACAGGUCACAGUGGUGCCGGUUAGAGCCGGGAGAGGGAGUUGGAGGGAGGGAGUUGGAGGGAGUUUUUCCCAUGCCAAUAAAGCCCAUUCAAUUGAGAGAGAAGACUAUUGUUCUGUCAGACUACUGAGGAGGCUGUUAUAUGCAUGAUGUCUGAAUACCCCAAGCCUUGUUACCAGACUAAGGACAAUACUUUAUAUUGUCAGCCAACCAUGCAGAAGAAUGGAGGGAUGCAGAGGAGUUCCUGAUUUGAAUUCCUCACAUUUUCACACUAGAGCUUGUUGCACAUAAAGCAUGUUUUGAGAGAAUUCUCUCCCCGCCCAUAUCUUGGUCAUCAUGGAGGUUUCAUAGUAGAGUUGGGAUAUAUGUAGGUUACAGUGAGGGAAAAAAGUAUUUGAUCCCCUGCUGAUUUUGUACGUUUGCCCACUGACAAAGAAAUGAUCAGUCUAUCAUUUUAAUGGUAGGUUUAUUUGAACAGUGAGAGACAGAAUAACAACAACAAAAUCCAGAAAAAUGCAUUAAAAAAAUGUUAUAAAUUGAUUUGCAUCUUAAUGAGGGAAAUAAGUAUUUGACCCCCUCUCAAUCAGAAAGUUUCUAGCUCCCAGGUGUCUUUUAUACAGGGAGUGCUCCUAAUCUCAGUUUGUUACCUACAUAAAAGACACCUGUCCACAGAAGCAAUCAAUCAAUCAGAUUCCAAACUCUCCACCAUGGCCAAGACCAAAGAGCUCUCCAAGGAUGUCAGGGACAAGAUUGUAGACCUACACAAGGCUGGAAUGGGCUACAAGACCAUCGGCAAGCAGCUUGGUGAGAAGGUGACAACAGUUGGUGCGAUUAUUCGCAAAUGGAAGAAACACAAAAGAACUGUCAAUCUCCCUCGGCCUGGGGCUCCAUGCAAGAUCUCACCUUGUGGAGUUGCAAUGAUCAUGAGAACGGUGAGGAAUCAGCCCAGAACUACAAAGGAGGAUCUUGUCAAUGAUCUCAAGGCAGCUGGGACCAUGGUCACCAAGAAAACAAUUGGUAACACACUACGCCGUGAAGGACUGAAAUCCUGCAGCGCCCGCAAGGUCCCCCUGCUCAAGAAAGCACAUAUACAGGCCCGUCUGAAGUUUGCCAAUGAACAUCUGAAUGAUUCAGAGGAGAACUGGGUGAAAGUGUUGUGGUCAGAUGAGACCAAAAUCGAGCUCUUUGGCAUCAACUCAACUCGCCGUGUUUGGAGGAGGAGGAAUGCUGCCUAUGACCCCAAGAACACCAUCCCCACCGUCAAACAGCGAGGUGGAAACAUUAUGCUUUGGUGGUGUUUUUCUGCUAAGGGGACAGGACAACUUCACCACAUCAAAGGGACGAUUCCAUAGAAAAUUUAAUUUUCUAAUUCCAUAGAAAAUCUGUGGGGGGAGCUGAAGGUUCGAGUUGCCAAACGUCAGGCUCGAAACCUUAAUGACUUGGAGAAGAUCUGCAAAGAGGAGUGGGACAAAAUCCCUCCUGAGAUGUGUGCAAACCUGGUGGCCAACUACAAGAAACGUCUGACCUCUGUGAUUGCCAACAAGGGUUUUGCCACCAAGUACUAAGUCAUGUUUUUCAGAGGGGUCAAAUAUUUAUUUCCCUCAUUAAAAUGCAAAUCAAUUUAUAACAUUUUUGACAUGCGUUUUUCUGGAUUUUGUUGUUGUUAUUCUGUCUCACUGUUCAAAUAAACAUACCAUUCAAAUUAUAGACUGAUCAUGUCUUUGUCAGUGGGCAAACGUACAAAAUCAGCAGGGGAUCAAAUACUUUAUUCCCUCACUGUAUAUACAGUGGGGGAAAAAAGUAUUUAGUCAGCCACCAAUUGUGCAAGUUCUCCCACUUAAAAAGAUGAGAGAGGCCUGUAAUUUUCAUCAUAGGUACACGUCAACUAUGACAGACAAAUUGAGGGGAAAAAAAUCCAGAAAAUCACAUUGUAGGAUUUUUAAUGAAUUUAUUUGCAAAUUAUGGUGGAAAAUAAGUAUUUGGUCACCUACAAACAAGCAAGAUUUCAGGCUUUCACAGACCUGUAACUUCUUCUUUAAGAGGCUCCUCUGUCCUCCACUCGUUACCUGUAUUAAUGGCACCUGUUUGAACUUGUUAUCAGUAUAAAAGACACCUGUCCACAACCUCAAACAGUCACACUCCAAACUCCACUAUGGCCAAGACCAAAGAGCUGUCAAAGGACACCAGAAACAAAAUUGUAGACCUGCACCAGGCUGGGAAGACUGAAUCUGCAAUAGGUAAGCAGCUUGGUUUGAAGAAAUCAACUGUGGGAGCAAUUAUUAGGAAAUGGAAGACAUACAAGACCACUGAUAAUCUCCCUCGAUCUGGGGCUCCACGCAAGAUCUCACCCCGUGGGGUCAAAAUGAUCAUAAGAACGGUGAGCAAAAAUCCCAGAACCACACGGGGGGACCUAGUGAAUGACCUGCAGAGAGCUGGGACCAAAGUAACAAAGCCUACCAUCAGUAACACACUACGCCGCCAGGGACUCAAAUCCUGCAGUGCCAGACAUGUCCCCCUGCUUAAGCCAGUACAUGUCCAGGCCCGUCUGAAGUUUGCUAGAGUGCAUUUGGAUUAUCCAGAAGAGGAUUGGGAGAAUGUCAUAUGGUCAGAUGAAACCAAAAUAUAACUUUUUGGUAAAAACUCAACUCGUCGUGUUUGGAGGACAAAGAAUGCUGAGUUGCAUCCAAAGAACACCAUACCUACUGUGAAGCAUGGGGGUGGAAACAUCAUGCUUUGGGGCUGUUUUUCUGCAAAGGGGCCAGGACGACUGAUCCGUGUAAAGGAAAGAAUGAAUGGGGCCAUGUAUCGUGAGAUUUUGAGUGAAAACCUCCUUCCAUCAGCAAGGGCAUUGAAGAUGAAACGUGGCUGGGUCUUUCAGCAUGACAAUGAUCCCAAACACACCGCCCGGGCAACGAAGGAGUGGCUUCGUAAGAAGGCCUAGCCAGUCUCCAGAUCUCAACCCCAUAGAAAAUCUUUGGAGGGAGUUGAAAGUCUGUGUUGCCCAGCGACAGCUCCAAAACAUCAUGGAGGAAUGGGCCAAAAUACCAGCAACAGUGUGUGAAAACCUUGUGAAGACUUACAGAAAACGUUUGACCUGUGUCAUUGCCAACAAAGGGUAUAUAACAAAGUAUUGAGAAACUUUUGUUAUUGACCAAAUACUUAUUUUCCACCAUAAUUUGCAAAUAAAUUCAUAAAAAAUCCUACAAUGUGAUUUUCUGGAUUUUUUUUCCUCAUUUUGUCUGUCAUAGUUGACGUGUACCUAUGAUGAACAUUACAGGCCUCUCUCAUCUUUUUAAGUGGGAGAACUUGCACUAUUGGUGGCUGACUAAAUACUUUUUUUCCCCACUGUAUGUGUUCUUGGGGCCUUAUCCUGACCAGACUGACCAUGGUUCCUUGUGCCUGACGGAAAUAGAUUGGUUCUGUAGGGUACUGUGGAGCCAUGUUGGUGCUCUGGUACAGUGGUGCUAGCCCACCUGUGGGUCAUUAACCUAGGCGCACACACACACACACACUUUCUAAUGGGGACAGUGUGUUUGCUGAUGGAGACACAGGCUGUUUGAGUUCAGAUAAGGGAGGGAGCUGGUCAAAGGCCACUCUGUAGAUCCACCAACAUCUCCUCUCGGGCUCCAGUAUCAUAGAAGAAACUCCCACUGGACUUGUCCAGGUGGCAGGAGACUCAUAUAAAGUUUAAACCUCAACACUGAUUUAGAAUAUCAAUUAACCAAUUAUGAGAUGCCACCAUCCUAAAUCUAAUGUGUGCUGUUUCAAUCCAGGCGUGUGUGUGUGUGUGUGUCUGUCUAUGUGUGUAUUGUAGAUGUAGCCUACUGUGCUUUUACAGCAGAGGACAGUCAGGUAGCUAAUGGUGUGUUUCCAUAGCAACAUGUCCCAGACACAUGGAGCAAACAGAAUGAGUGUAUUGUUGAGGAACAUUCUUAAAUGCAUACAGUCAUGACCGUAACCGUGAUAAGUAUGCAAGCCACAAUGAAGCGUGGCUCCUGUUGCAUAACCCAUAGACAGUAGUGAGGCGCUAUCAUGAAUGGCUGAUGCUCCAUCACCAGUUUUCCCUGUGUUAGUCGUUGGGCAUUGUGUGACUAUACAUUUGACUGACAACAUUGUGAUGUAAUUUAAGUCCCCCAGUGUUUUGACCUGACUAGGAAAAACUCUUGGACCCAGGUUUUUGCCAAUAGCGGUUUUCCUGGUCAGGUCAUGUGGUGGUGGCCAGGUAAAAUGCAGGGCCCUUUGUGUAAUAUGAUACUAAUGACGUCACUACUCAAUGACUGUGUGUGUUUGUGUCCACAGUGCUUACCCAGGACAUCCCCCACAUUUUUGCCAUGACUCUGUUUGAGGAGUACAUCUACUGGACCGACUGGGAGACCAAGUCCAUCAACAGGUGUCACAAGACCCUGGGCAUCAACAAGACCACCCUGAUCACUACCCUCCACCGGCCCAUGGACAUCCACAUCUACCACCCUUACCGCCAGCCAGAGGGUAAGAGAUAAACAUGUACAACACACAUGGACACACACACACAGUAGUUCCAGUUAAAAGACUUCCCUUCAUCCCAUAUGCUUCCAGUGUUUAACCACCCGUGCCAGACAGACAACGGCGGAUGUAGUAACCUGUGUCUGCUGAGCCCUGGAGGGGGCUACAAGUGUGCCUGUCCCACCAACUUCUACCUGGCCAAUGAUGGACGCACCUGCAUGUCCAACUGCACUGCCAGCCAGGUGAGGGACUGUGUAAUGAUAUGGCCAUUGGGGGGGACAGACAGCUAGGGGGCAGCAGAGCCUCUUGUGGAAUGGGGGAAUAUUACAUUGCUGUUAUUAUGCUUUGUGAGUUAAUUAAGCAUCACUAUCUACACAGUAGAGUGUGUCAUCAGCUUGAGUUCAGCCUCUUAAUUGGGCUUUGAUAGUAGAACAAAGUAGGAAGUAGAACAUUCCCCAUUUAGCUGUGGUAUUAAUAGAUGAAUGGGAAGGCAUCAGACUUCCAUUCAGUCUAUUUAGGAUUCAUCUCAGUGAUAUGAUCAGCAGAAACUUAAAAGGCAGGAUCUGAAGACUGUUGUUAGAGACUGCUGAGGGUAUGUGUCAUUCAUGUGUCAUUCAUUUUUGCAACAUCCUCUGUUUGCUAACCCAUUCUCACUUUCUCUCUCUCUCUCUCUCUCUCUCUCUCUCUCUCUCUCCUCCCCUCUGUGCCAUUCAUGUGUCAUUAAUUUUUGCAACACCCUCUGUUUGCUAACCCAUUUUCUCUCUCUCUCUCCUCUCUCCUCCACGUCCAGUUUGUGUGUAAGAACGACAAGUGCAUCCCCUUCUGGUGGAAGUGUGACACGGAGGAUGACUGUGGGGAUCGCUCGGACGAGCCUACAGAAUGCCGUGAGUGUGCCACUUUUUCAUCCAAAGCAACUUAGUAAAGUGUUUGCAUACAUUUCUAGUGUGUGUGUAUGUGGUCCCUGUGGGAAUUGAACCCACAACCUUGGCAAAGCCAGCGCUACAUAAAAUGGGUGAAUGAGGAGUAUGUGGAUGUAUAGCAAAGGGUCAUUGAUGCUUCUACAGGGCUCUGAGGAUGAGAGAUAGGGGGUAGUUUCAGACUUUAAAACAACCUCAAUCUGACUGUGUCUCUGUCUGUGUCAUCCAUUUUCCCUUAUAGCUGAGUUCAAGUGCAGGCCAGGCCAGUUCCAAUGUGGGACAGGCAUCUGUACCAACCCAGCCUACAUCUGUGACGGCGACAACGACUGCCAGGACAAUUCAGACGAGGCCAACUGCGGUACAGCCUCUUUCAUGCUUUGUCUGUCUCCCUCUUUUCUCACUCACUCACUCCCUCAAUCUUUCAUUCUCGCCCACUCUCUCUUGCCCUCUCCCACACUUUCUUUUUAGCCCCAUCUCUUUCUCUUCUCUUCUCUUCUCUGACAUGUCUUCCUCCGUGUGUGAUUGUUCUACAGAUAUCCACGUCUGUCUGCCCAGUCAGUUCAAGUGCUCCCACCCCAGCCGUUGUAUCCCGGGAAUAUUCCGCUGUAACGGACAGGACAACUGUGGAGAGGGAGAGGAUGAGACGGACUGCCGUGAGUGCACACGUCCCAUCUCCCCAUCUACAUAUAUGUGUUUACAUGCAUGUUGUAUCAGUCUAGUACUUUGUACUUUAUUGUGGUAUUACUGCUGGCCAUGCUGCUGUCUUGUGCCAGGUCUUUCUUGUAAAAUAGGUUGCAUUUCAGUGAGACUAACCUGGAUAGAUGUUCAAUAAUAAGGAAAGUGUUGAUGUUGUGAGUUGCUUCCAGUCAGUAACAGUUGUCUGUCUGCUCCCUCUCCCUCUAGCCGAGGUCACGUGUGCGCCCACCCAGUUCCAGUGUGCCAUCACCAAGCGCUGUAUCCCUCGCGUCUGGGUGUGUGACCGUGACAAUGACUGUGUGGAUGGAUCGGACGAACCAGCCAACUGCAGUAAGACCCCACCCCUCUGUUUCAGAAGACUCUUCUAGACUAAUGACAUACACACAAGUCAAGUUCAGCAUCCAUGUUGAAGUAGAAUACAAGUUUAUACUUACGGGUUCUGGCUAACAUACCGAACUAGUCAUUUACAAAUGCACUAGAUCUUACAGACCUCGUAACAUCCUCCCCCAUCACCUUUUACUUUACUCAGUCUAUCUGGCCUGUUACAAGCCUCAAUCUCUCCCCCUCUUCCCCUCCCCCCUCCUCUCCUCCCCCUCCAGCCCAGAUGACGUGUGGCGUGGAUGAGUUCCGCUGUAAGGACUCUGGACGCUGCAUCCCGGCCCGGUGGAAGUGUGACGGAGAAAAUGAUUGUGGAGACUCAUCUGACGAACCCAAAGAGGAGUGUGGUGGGUGUUCUGUUCUGUCGCCUAGGGAACAGAGAGACAGCUCAACCAGCAGCUUCAGAACUCCAGUUCUUAUUACAAUGGAGUUUGUUUAGGAUCUGGGACUACAUCCAUGGCACUGUAUGAUUGGUCCUCAAAAUGGAUUGGUCGUCAACAUUGGCAAUGACCUCUAGUGUAGAAGGUUCAAUUAUGAAGCAGAUACCCAGGAUGUAGAGUUAUGUUUCGUGGCAGAUCUUUCUGUUUUGGUAGUGUUCUGCUGUGUGAAGGUUCAUUUUACGGCGUUGACCUCCUGGACUGCAUGUACUCUAUAUAAUUGUGUUACGGUGUGUGUCUCUGUGUAGAUGAGAGGACGUGUGAGCCGUACCAGUUCAGGUGUAAGAACAACCGCUGUGUCCCGGGCCGUUGGCAGUGUGACUACGACAACGACUGUGGGGACAACUCGGACGAGGACAAGUGCGGUAGGUGUCUCACUGUCAUCCCUGUGUCAUCCCUGUUAGUGCACUCUAUCCUCAUUCGAUCAUGUCACCAGUACAGUUUCACUGCAUUGUUCCAUUGCGUUUAUAUAAUGCUCAUGGUUUGUGCUCCUCUAGGGAUUAGACAUUGGGCUUUGGUGGCUUGCUCCAUAUGACUGCCGAAAUACAGUUUCAAUUGUUUGAUUCUUGCAUUUGCCUUUGUCUGUGUCUUCUUGUGGUAUGUUUUGUAGCUAAAACAUAGUCUUACCUGAAAAGUUGCCAUUCAUUCAGUAGAAAUUCAUUCAGUUUGGCCUUUACUCUUUUAAUAUCAUCUCUUAUGCAUCUCACCUCAUGUAAUUUCUAUGUUUCAUUUCACACUGACUGACCUGUUGGCAUGGGCCAGAGGUAGGUCUCCACUUUUAACCAUCCCCAUCUCCUGGAGCCCUAAUGUGACUACUCCUCCUCUCCCAUUGCAUCCCAUUCAAUCCCAUCGCAGUCAUUUGUAUGUCUAAUGCUGCCCAUUUUGAACUCCAAUCCCCCCUGAUAUCUCCUCAAACAGUGAGAGGUCAAGAGCAGUGCUCCAAAGGAGUGCUUCUACUGUUAUGUGAAGUAUUGUCAUUUCCUACAUGACCACCUGAGGCCAUUGUACUCAACCAAGCUUUUGCCUUAUUUUCUAAGACGCUUAAGUCAGUUAAAGCAGAGGGAAAGCACACCACUUAUGUUACCAGUUUCAGUGAAGAUGCAAUGUAUUGAAUCUCUGGAGCUCUCCUUUGACCACCAUUGUUUGCCCUCCAUCUGAGUGCCCAUGCUUGUGGUGUGGUGUGGUGUGGUGUGUUGUGAGGUGUUGUGCAUGCUCUCCCCUGUGAGUUUGGACUUGUACUAAAAACGGCAAAUAUUUGGAAGCCAUUUCCAGCGAAGCUAUACAGUACUUAUGCGAGACCUGUGUUGCUGUGUGUCUUUACAGUGCCACGGCAGUGCUCAGAGAGUGAGUUUGCCUGUACUAACGGACGCUGUAUCGCCGGGAGGUGGAAGUGUGAUGGAGACCAUGACUGUGCUGACGGAUCUGAUGAGGUAACACACUUGACUCAAUCAUAGCAACAGAGCUGGGUCAGAUACUUGUGUAAUAGAUAACACUACUGACUCGUACUGUACUAACAACCCUCUGUGUUAUCGGUUCACCUUAAAGCUUAGCCUUUUUACUUGAGGAGGACAUAUAAAAUAACCUUGCUAUUUGGAUAUCCUGUCUUCGGACAUCCACUGUAAUGGUUGUGCUUUGAUGAUGUUGAUGAUCUGUGAGGGUUUCAUACAUUGUUUGAGAGUGAGGGACUUAUUGUGUGUGUGUGUUCCUCAGGACGGCUGUGAGCUGAAGUGUGACAGUGACCAGUUCCAGUGUAAGAACGGCCACUGCAUCCCCAACCGCUGGCGCUGUGACGCAGACGCUGACUGUUUGGACGGCAGUGAUGAGGAGAAGUGUCACAUUGCCCGUGAGUGUGUCCCUCAUGGUGCUAUUUGAGAUGGCCACAGUGCUAAAAGAGAGUGGUCAUAUUGACGUUUUAACUUUUUCCUAAUUGAGAGGGAUUCUGGAGCCUGUGGUAGGAUUUAUAGGAACCGGGUCAGUAAUAGACAACCUACACUUGUUCUUCUUCCGUUCUCCAUGUCUUAGCUAAACACUGCCCCCUGGAUGACUUCCAGUGUAACAACACACUGUGUAAGCCCCUGGCCUGGAAGUGUGACGGAGAGGACGACUGUGGAGACAACUCUGACGAGAAUCCUGACGAGUGCAGUGAGUAGUGACAUCACAUCCUGUGACAUCAUAUCCUGUCUACUAGUACCCUUUUCAAACUACAGAGCUGAGCUGAGUUGUACUGUGUUGGCCUGGUUACUCAUCCACCAGUGGCUGAAAUCGGGAUGGAAAGGACCGUGUGAAAGGAAAACAUCAGAGCCAGUACAGUUCAGUUCUGGUUGUCGCGAUAGUGUGAAAAGGGUAUGUACCCUAAAGCCUGUUCAAACUCCUUGUCUCCUAACCCCUCUUUCUCCUCCCCUCAGGGAUGUUUCAGUGUCCCCCCCACCAGGAGUUUCCGCUGCCAGAACGACCGUGUGUGUCUGCAGGUGUCCAAACAGUGUGACGGAGUUGAUAACUGUGGGGACAACUCUGAUGAGCUCAAUUGCCGUGAGUUUACUGUGCUGCUGGCCUUUUGCACAUAGACCAACACAAGGCUAUCUGGUGCCCUCCUUGAUGAUCUGUUCUUCCCUGUGGAGAGGUUGGAUCUGUCCACCCUAGCAUACCACUUAUGCUACAUAUAACAGAAUGCAUAUCCAAUACAUUACUUAAUUGUUUCAUAUUAAGUGGUAUGCUAGUAUGGACAUUGGAUCAAAGUAAUUAUGUUCAUUUCAUUAAAUUGAUGUAUUUAUCCGCUCUGGCAAAUCUGAUGGUUGCUCUGUUGUGUUUUCUCAGAGCCCCCUCCAGCCGAGCCUACCUGUGAGAAGGAUGAGUUCCUGUGUGCCAAUGGGAGGUGCAUUAGCUCCAACCUGCGCUGUAACUUCUUCAACGACUGUGAGGACUACGGUUCAGAUGAGAUCCACUGCAAGACAGGUGCUCCAAGUCAUGACUGGUUAACACAUCCCCACGUCUACUCAUGUACACAGUUCUCAUGGCAUGUUAGAAAAGACAGUGUUUGUUUAGCACCAUGUCCAGUUAACCUUCCAAUGGCUCAACACGUUUGCGGAUCCUAAAUGUUAUUUUCCCUGCCUGUGGUGUGAAUGUCUCUCUGACCCUGCAGACACCAAGCUGAAUGACUGCAGGAGUAACAGGACUCUGUGUGGGGAUGGGGACGAGGCACACUGCGUCACCAACGGGACAGACUCCUUCUGUUCCUGCAAACCAGGCUUCAAGAAGACUGGCCAUAACACCUGUGAAGGUACACUAUACCCACCUGAAUGUCCUCAACACGUUCAAGCUGAUUUCACCAUUUACACACAAGUUACAUACAGUAUAUCACUCUCAAUCCCACAUCCCAAAUUGCCAUUACAAGGUUACAAGCCCACAUUUAAUGUACACUCGCUCACUGGGAGCUCGAUCAACAUAUUUUGUUUUGUUGUUCAAAUGCUCUUUGAGGUAGCUUUAUUAACUCUCCUCCACUCCCUGUCCCCUCUCAGAUAAGAAUGAGUGUAAGCAGUUUGGAGUAUGCUCCCACAUGUGCAACAACACCAAGGGAUCCUACAAGUGCAGCUGCCACAAAUACUUCACCAGGAUCAACGACACCUGCAAGGCUGACAGUAAGUAGCAUAGUGUUCUUCUAGUAGUGCAGUUGUAUCUUCAAACCCCUAGAUAGUUGAAAUAGUGUAUUCUUUCAUUGACAUUUUCAUGGAUUCUGUGUGUCGAAGUUCUCUUUUCAUUUCCUGACUCCCUACCUCUCUCACUCCUCCUACCUCCCACCCCCUCCGUCCCACCCUGUCCCUAACGUUCUCACUCAUCUCCCCCCCUCCCUCCUCUCUCUCUCCAGACCUGGAGAGUAGCAGACAGGUGCUCUACAUCGCAGACGAUAACGAGAUCCGCAGCCUGGACCCUGGCAUGCCCAACUGGCGCUACGAACAGACCUUCCAGGGCGAUGCCAACGUGCGCAUCGACGCCAUGGACUUGCACAUCAAGACCAACCGUAUCUUCUGGACCAACUGGCACACGGGCAGGAUCUCCUCCUACGAGCUUCCUUCAUCAUCAUCCACUUCCUCGUCUGGUCCAUCGUCGAAUACACACCGCAGCCGUCGCCAGAGUGAGGGUAGUGUUACAACCCUGGAGGUGAGGCCUGACGCAAGCAGGAAUGAAUGCACACAUACUCGCAUAGACACACCCGAAAAUGCACAAACACACACACCGCACUCACACUAAAACAUGGGCACUGUCAUGACUUCCUAUGUGUGAUACAAUAUUAGUGGAAUGCAGUCUAGUGCAAAAUAAGUCUCAUAGCUCAGAAAGGGCUGUUGUUUUCUGUUCACAACUUAAUGAGAUGUACAGUAACUUAACAACCAUAUCUUAUCUCUCCCCCCUGACUAGAUUGUAGGGCAUCUGGAAAUGCCUCGGGGUAUAGCGGUCGACUGGGUGGCUGGUAACCUGUACUGGACUGACUCUGGCAGAGAUGUGAUCGAGGUGGCCCAGAUAUCAGGCCAACACCGCAAGACCCUGAUCUCAGGCAUGAUAGAUGAGCCUUACGCCAUCGUAGUGGACCCACAGAGAGGGUGAGAGACUAGUACCCUUUACCACUACUGAGCCAAACCCAGCCAAGCCCCGCUGUACUGGGUUGGCCUGGUUAUGCACCCACCACAGCUGCUGCAACUGUCCUGGAAUGCCAAUAAUAAAAAAAAAUAUAUAUAUAUAAAUAUAUGCAAAAUAUUCCAUUUGUAUUUCCUGCUGAGCUGUUUUGACUGUUUCUCUGUGUCCUCAGGACCAUGUACUGGGCCGACUGGGGAAACCAUCCUAA